UCGUUGCGCCCCGCCCGCAAGCGUCCUCCUCCGGGGCUUCGUGACAGCCAGGUCGUGCGCGGGUCAUCCUGGGAUUGGUAGUUCGCUUUCCCUCACUUAGCCGGUUUCUCUCUCUACCGGGGACUCCGCGUCCCGGCAUCCACCGCGGCACCUGACCCUUGGCGCUUGCGUGUUGCCCUCUUCCCCACCCUCCCCAAUUUCCACUCCCCCCACCCCACUUCGCCUGCCGCGGUCGGGUCCGCGGCCUGAGCUGUAGCGGUCGCCGCCGUUCCUUCGAAGUAGCAACUUCCCUACCCCACCCCAGUCCUGGUCCCCGUCCAGCUGCUGACGUGAAGAUGAGCAGCUCAGAGGAGGUGUCCUGGAUUUCCUGGUUCUGUGGGCUCCGUGGCAAUGAAUUCUUCUGUGAAGUGGAUGAAGACUACAUCCAGGACAAAUUUAAUCUUACUGGACUCAAUGAGCAAGUUCCUCACUAUCGACAAGCUCUAGACAUGAUCUUGGACCUGGAGCCUGAUGAAGAACUGGAAGACAACCCCAACCAGAGUGACCUGAUUGAGCAGGCUGCCGAGAUGCUUUAUGGAUUGAUCCACGCCCGCUACAUCCUUACCAACCGUGGCAUCGCCCAGAUGUUGGAAAAGUACCAGCAGGGAGACUUUGGUUACUGUCCUCGUGUGUACUGUGAGAACCAGCCAAUGCUUCCCAUCGACAUCCCAGGUGAAGCCAUGGUGAAGCUCUACUGCCCCAAGUGCAUGGAUGUGUACACACCCAAGUCAUCGAGACACCAUCACACGGAUGGCGCCUACUUUGGCACUGGUUUCCCUCACAUGCUCUUCAUGGUGCAUCCCGAGUACCGGCCCAAGAGACCCGCCAACCAGUUUGUGCCCAGGCUCUACGGUUUCAAGAUUCAUCCGAUGGCCUACCAGCUGCAGCUCCAAGCCGCCAGCAACUUCAAGAGCCCAGUCAAGACGAUUCGCUGAUUCCCUACCCCACCUGUCCUGCACUUCCUUUCCUUUUUGCCACCCUUUCAGGAACCCUGUAUGGUUUUUAGUUUAAAUUAAAGGAGUCAUUAUUGUGGUGGGAAUAUGAAAUAAAGUGGAAGAAAAGGCCAUGA